UUUAAACCACACACACACACACACACACACACACACACACACACACACACACACACGUGUGUGUGGGUUUCAUCAGACAUGGGGUGGGUUGAUUGUUGUGAGACUAUAGAAACUCCUUGCAGAAAUAUAUCUACAAAAAGCUUCACAUUGAAUCUUUCAUCACAUACACAUGCCAGACAUUUACAGUCCUCAUCCGUCCAUCCAUCCCCCUCUUCUUCUUUUUUUUUUGCUGGCAUGUGUAUGUAAUGAUGAAAUGUAUAAAUCCAUCUCAUCCCUGGAGUCCAGUCUACCCCACAACACACACACACACACACACACACACACACACACACAAACUCACUCUACCGGAGCAGCGCAAGAACAGGUGCGGUUUCUUUUCUUUUUAAAUGUAUGCGUAAAAAACAAUUCCUCUGAGCGCACUGUCUCCUAAACAGAUUACACACAUGCGACGGAACGAAGAACCCCCCCUCCCCCCACACACACACACACGCGCGUGCGCACAGCGUCGCAUCACGCCAUCGGAAUCUCCGCCAGCUGCGCAGACUCAGCAGCCCCUCACACCGUCACAUCAGGGCUUUCCGUCGGACUGCGCUGAUUUACUCGACUUAUUUAUUUAAUACCUCGUUAUUUAAUACACACCGAUUCAAGACAAGUCGCUCGCACACGCGGAUCGACCUCAACCAAUGCACCUGUCUUCCUGACCGACUUGAAGCGACAGCCCUGACCUGGAUAACGUCUGUGCCUCUCCCGGCAGAAGGACUCGCACAUCCGCCAGCGGACAGACGCCUGCGGCUCCAACAGCAGAGUGCGACGCUGCAUCCACACACCACCCUCCCUCAUCUUCCCCUGUCACUUCUGACAUGGCAGACCACAGCCUCACGUCGCCGUCUCGGACGCCGCUGCGCUCCCCCAACGCCUCCCUCAGCCUCUCCUUCCCCUUCCUGAGGGAGAGGAGCCACAUAUGGGAGGAGGGGAAAGAGCAGCCGCUGCCUCGGGAUUUGCCAAGUCCGUUGCCAACCAAGCGCAACCGCACCUACUCCGCUACCGUACGUGCUCAAUCGGGUCCCGUGUUCAAGGGGGUGUGCAAGAACUUCUCCAGGUCACAAGGUCACGGCUUCCUCCGACCCUCCCGCGGUGGCGAGGACAUCUUCGUUCACAUCUCAGACAUCGAGGGGGAGUACGUCCCGGUAGAGGGCGACGAGGUCACGUACAAAGUGAGCCGCGUGCCUCCCAAGAACCUGAAGGUGCAGGCGGUGGAGGUGAAGAUCAUACAUCUCAACCCGGGGAGCAAACACGAGACCUGGUCCGGCCAGAUCAUCAGCUCGACGACCUGAACUCUGGGCCUGGUUGGUCGCGCAGGGCCGCGUGGGGGGGGGGGGGGGGACGGACCCGUCAUCGGACUGAUAACUUACACUCUGUGCUAAAAUCCUUUCUUUAAAAACACGUUUUAUCUACACAGCAAAUGGUAACUCAUGUGUCGCUCACGCGUCGUCACUCGCAGAGCGGAUGCACAGUUCAACGCUGUCCGCCGCUCUGAGGAACUUGCUGUGUAUGUAAGACUGACCAUGUAUUCACUGUACGGAAAAAGACACAUUUUGUUUAUUUCUUUCUCUUUUUGUCAUGACAGCAGGAAUAAAAGUCAGAUUUGAGGGUAGAGUGACCGGUGUAGGAUGAAACCGGAGAAAGGCUUUUAGGCCUCAUUGUUCAGAACGAUUAGCCCUGUAAAGUGUUACAAAAAACUAGUAAGAAAGGACAUGACUAUGUUGCAGGUCUGCAGAAUGAGGUAUGAGGAAGGAGAGAAGGAGAGAAGGAGAGAAGGCUGAGUUCAGCUUGACUUCCCUUCUUUACUUUACAUGUUGGGUCAGAUUAUCACUGCCAGAUAAAAAAAAAAAAGACUGAGUUCAAGAGCAGAGAUAACGGAAGUAAGAGCAAGUCGUUGAGGGAAUUGAAGUGGAAGAGUUGAAGUGGAAGAGUUUUGAAGGAUUGUUGAGUGAAAGGAAGUAGACGUGUCAGGUUGACGGCAGUAAAUCAGUUAAAAUCAACACAUAGAUCAAUAUCUCCAAAUAUGAAUAGUUCUAUGUUUGCACCCUGGACAGGACGUUGUGUUGUCUCCCUUUGGCACCAGUUUAGAAACAUACAGGACAAGAAGAAGAUGAUUAUGUGUGGAGUGAGCUCUAAGUUAUGAAUUAAGUUUGUCUUCGACAGGAAAAGCAUGAAAGGAGUAAAAAACGUGACACACUUUACUGUGAAUGGAAAGCGAUUACAAGUAUUUUCCUGGUAAACACAUAUCCUUGGUUGUGUGUCUUGUGAGUAGUUAUUUAUUUUAAUAAUGUAUUUAUUUAAUCAGAUGUGUGUGUGUGUGAGACCUUAGAUUGCGAGCUCUCUAUUUCAGUCAAAGCUUGCGCUUCAGAAAAAUAGAAAUUUCCAAAAUGAAAACUGCCAGAAAAACUUCGAUCAACAUCACUGUCAGGUUUUUCCAAAAUUUGUGGAGUUGUUUGAAACAUUUUCAUUUUGAAAACAUCGUGGGCCAGAUAUUGCUGAUAAAAAAAUAAUAAUUUGUAAAUCUCUUUUUCUAUUAUCAGAAAAAAACAUGUAUCUGUGUGUUUAUCAAGUGAUGGUGAACUCCAUGACUUCGUAGUGAUCAUAGAUCAUCCACACAUCAACGCUGGUGGUAGUUAUUAAUUUUCUAUUCUGUCUGAUCCAGAGAGUCUCUUUGCAUCUCGUCUGUCUGUCAGUGUCACUGCCUGAACUUGUUCAACCUAAUUUUGGAUUUAUUUAAGGGCACUUUAAUUUGUGGACGAGCCACGGUGGUGGUGAUCCCCACGAUCACGUCUACUGAGCCUUGAAAGAACAUUAAAGCAUUUUAUGAUUCACGUGUC